AUGUCGGCCAUUUCAGUGCUCACUCCACAUUACGUUCAUCCCAUCGGAUUUGAUGUUCAGGUGAACCUCAAUGCAAGCACAGAAAAUGUUCUAAAUAAUGUUAAGAAAAAAUAUAACCAAGCCAAUAUAACGGAAGCAAUAGCGCCAACACUGGAAGACAUGCGCAAUUUUCAUUACGCAGCAUUACUUGAAUAUCCGGAAUAUGCUAAAGGAGCAGCUGGAGCAGUGCUUGGAUUAUACUUUAUACGAUACAGUGGUUAUAUGGAUCGCGAUCCAAGUGGGAUGUAUGGUGGAAAACUGGUGUGGAUUGACGGCACAGCAAGCCAAGAUAAUUUCGCGCCAUUUUUCGAUCAGUCAUUCGAUCCACAAGUGAAUAAGUCCAACUGCUAUCAUUUUAUGACGUGGAUUAUCGAUGAAAAUGACUGUUCGUAA